UUGGCUCAGAUUUGGCUCAGAAUCAAGGCCUGCAGCUUGCUGAACUCGACACCAAGCCAUGUGGUACUGCGGCACUGAGUUCUUGGAUGAUUCUGAGGAUCAGCACGCUUCGCUGUUGCAGAAAGACACUGGCUUUGAUCGGCUUGUCAGCACCACUACUGCAGAACCUGGAGCAGAACUGCCAGAGCUUAAGGACUCAUGGGAGCUCAACACGUUGCAGCGAAUGGCGACGAUGCGCCCUUCAAACCGAGGGCUGAAAGGUGUGGCAGGUCUUGAGGACAUUGAGGUCACAUCUCUUGCUGAUCCAGUCCCGGACCUGAACAGAAGCCGCCCACGAGUGCCACGCCGGACCUGGGCCAUUACGCCUGACAGCCCUGAAGCCCUGAAACCGCCAUGCAAGGAAGAUCUGGAUCGACGAAAGUCGGUGGAGUUCCAUCCGAUGGUGGUCACACACCUCCUUCGACGCUGAAGGAUGCGAUUGUUUUUUGUGAAAUCCCUGCGGGAGGUCAAAGAGGUCAUCAGAAAGGUCAUGGUUUUGGGGGGAGACCUUUUUGGAAGCCGGCAACCAUGUGCCUGGUUUUGCUAAUGAUUAC